AUGUCUGAAGUUCAAUCGAGGUCUUCCGCCUCUCGUGGCAGGGUUUCCGCCCGUGGUGGGCGUGGCGGUUACAGCUCCAGAGGCGGUCGAGGUGGCAGCAGAUCCACAAAGCCUGACACUACAGAGCCCACAUUCGAGGACGAGGGAGAGCUUGGUCAGAUGAAGAAGAAAUACUCGGACACCCUACCUAUGCUGAAGGAGCUGUUCCCCGACUGGACAGACGAGGAUCUGGUUUUCGCUUUGGAGGAUGCCAACGGUGACCUUGAGCAGGCAAUUGAUCGCAUUAGUGAAGGUGCCGUCUCCCAAUGGGGAGAAGUAAAGAAGAAGACAACCGAUCGGAGUCGUCCCAAGGCGAAGGAGGUACAGAAUACUCCCACCGAGCCAGCCACAACCGCCGUGCGAGGAGGACGCGGGCGCGGUGGAUUUGAAGGACGCGGUCGCGCUCGUGGGGAUCGUGGCCGUGGCGGUCGCGGUGGUCGGGCCGGUGCUCAUGCCAAUGGGGCGCGCACAGAGAAACCAGCCGUUCCUGCUGAGACCACCCCCGUGGUCGACGCGGUGGCUACCACCAGUGCUGCCCCAGCUGCCGAAACAGCUACCCCGGAAACUGUUGUUACCUCUGAUACAGCACCAGCGGUGCCCGAAGGUACGAAGAAGGGCUGGGCUUCAUUGUUCGCGAAACCGGCAGUACCUCCUCCUCAGAAGAAACCUGCUCCUGCUCCUGCUCCUGCUCCUGCUCCCGCCGCCGCUCCCGCCCCUGUAGAUGAAAAGCCUGCCGUCGCUCCGGUCCCAGAAGAAACACCUACCGAACCCGAAGCAGCGCCCGCACCCGCGCCUGUCCCUGUCCCCGUCCCCGUUCCCGUCAUCCCCAUUGCUGCAGAAAAGCCAGCGGCUGUUCCUCAACCGACAGAGGAGCCGCAGAUCGCAACACCUCCCAGCGCUGAUGUUGAACCGUCCAAGGAUGAUUUGACAAAGAACAACCUUGCGCAAAUUCCCGAUGUUUCUCCUCCCGUCCCGACCGCCACCGCUGCCAGCACUAUUGGCAGCACCAUUGACCCCAGCAUCGCCGCAGCUUCAACCCCCGCGCGCCCCACGCCCAGUGCUUUCCCAACCAGCGCUCUGAAACAGAGCAUCCGCACUCCGGGAGCUCAACGCCGCGUCAUGGAGCAGCAGGAAGCGGUGGUUAUGCCAGGAAACCAUGCCGUUGACCGUACCGCUGUGCAGUUUGGCAGCAUGGGACUAAAUGAAGCUGAUAUCGAUGAAAACAGAGAAGACACUGAGACCCGUGCUCAACCUCCUCAGCAUUCCCCUGUUGCCCCGCGUGCUUCGUUGCCUCCGUCCACCCAGGCUCCUCCAGCUCCUACUGAUGUCCCUGCGGUCUCGCGCCCUGCUCCGGGUCUGCCCCCCGUUCCUCAAGCUUCCGCCACUGACAACUCCUUUUCCGACUUUGCUCGCUACACCGAUUCUCACAAACCCUACGAUCCGUUCACCCAGCAGGUUUCUCAGCCACAGUCGCAAGUUCAGGAGCCAUUCGCCAACCAAGCUCCCAUUCAGCCGACCGCCACCACCGGAAGCGAUUUCUCACCGUUCUACGCUGGCGACCAGCGCCUUCCUUACACUUACUACAACCAGUUCCAAGAUGCCUCGCUUGCGCAGCGCGCUGCCGCGGGAUUCGGUGUCUCUGGCGCCGAAGCGCAGCCACAAGUCCCCACCUCUCAACCUCCUAGCCGCUACAGUCACGUAGAGGCUGCCCCCAACAGCGGUCAUACGACCCCCAAUCCCACCCUUCCUGGAGCGACGCAGACCCCCUCCGCCCAGCACAUCCCCGGUCAAGGUGCUGCUCACGGCUACGGUUACCCAUACCAACAGUACUACUCCAACCCCCACUAUGCUUCUUACGUGAACCAGUACGGACGAAGCCGCCCGAUGUACGAUGAUGCCCGCCGUUAUGAGGACCAAUACAUGCCUCAACACACUCAGUACGGCUAUGGUAGCCAGUACGGUCCGUAUGGUGGCAAGGGUGGUAUGUACGGCCAGCCCCACGGGUUCUCGUACGAUCACUCUUCGUCGCCUGCCACUGCAGGCACCUUCAACCAAGCCAUUCCAGGCCGUGACUCGGUCUAUGGCCGUACUGGAUCCGCUCAGCCCUCCGAGAGCCAGCAGUCAGCCGCAGGCACCAGUGCGUUCAGUGCUGCCGGCAUGGGAGAUGUCUUCAGCCGUGGCCAGGGUAGCUUCGGGCAGAACCAGCCAAUUGCCCAGCAAACCCCGGUGACUUCCGAGGAAACGAAGGCUUACGAUGCUUCCAAGACUGGCGGGCCCAGCCCUUCCCUUUCGCAGGCUAACCGUCCUGGUUCUGCGACCAACACUCCCGGUCAGUCCCAGAGCCAAGCCGGCCUUCCUCCUCUCCAGGGUCAACAGGGCCAGCAGGGCUUCGGUGGCUACCCCCACCUGAACCCUCAGUACGGCGGCUUGGGCGGCCUCAGUGGUCACCAGGGAGCGGGAAACCAGGGCCAUCACCAGGCCACUGGCUAUGGUAACUACGGUGGUGCCAGUUUCGGUAACUACUAUGGGAACACUGGACGAGGCGGCUGGGGAGGUAACUACGGACACUAA